AUGUUGAGACAAAUCAAACCCAAGAACGCCCGCAGCAAGCGCGCCCUCGACAAGAAAGCACCCCAGUUGCACGAAAACCCCAAAAUGACCCUCUUCCUCCGCUACACCUCAUGCUCGGAAAUCGUCCAACUCUGCAUGGGAGACCUGCAUUCCCUCAAACGCCCUCUGGCCCAAAAAUUCACAAAGAAGAACGACAUCCACCCCUUCGAAGACCCUUCCUCGCUAGAGUUUUUCGCCGAGAAGAAUGAUUGCAGUUUGAUGGUGUUUGGCUCGCAUUCGAAGAAACGCCCGCAUACGGUGACAUUCGUCCGGUUCUUCGACCACAAAGUGUUGGAGAUGCUGGAAUUGCACGUUGAUGCGGAUACCUUCAGGACGAUUUCGCAAUUCAAGAGUGACAAGGCUAGAGUGGGACUCAAGCCUCUGGUAUCAUUUUCGGGCACUGCAUUCGAUUCUCCCGUUGCCAACACAUACACCAUGGCCAAGUCUUUGCUGCUCGACUUUUUCAAGGGCGAGGAUACGAAUAAUGUGGAUGUGGAGGGUUUGCAGUACAUGGUGCACAUUUCCGUGCCUGAAGAGGAGGAUGCACAGCCAGCACCAAAGAUUUGUCUCAGGACUUAUAUGAUCAGCACCAAAAAGUCUGGACAGAGUUUGCCGAGGGUGGAGGUUGAGGAGAUGGGACCCAGAGUUGAUUUCCGGGUUGGUAGGGUCAAGGAGGCCGAUGUGGAUAUGAUGAAGGCAGCCAUGAAGAAGCCCAAGGGACUCGAGGCAAAGAGCAAGAAGAACAUCGAAACCGACAUCAUCGGCGACAAGGUCGGCCGCAUCCAUCUCGGCAAGCAGGACCUCAACGACAUGCAAACGAGAAAGAUGAAGGGUCUCAAGCGCAACAGAGACGACGACGACACCGAAGGUGGCCCCGUGGUUUCCGACGACGAAGGCGAAGAUGUCGAGACCGAUGGUGGUGUUGAGAUCAAGAAGAUUCGUGUUUAA